AUGAAAAAGAGGAAGAAUUUAGAUGGAGCUGAUGUAAAGUGGGGAAAACAUACUGUGAUUUUCCUUCAGUUUGCAUCCUGGGAACAUGAAGGACGGGUCAUAAAGACAAUGAAGAGCAUGCUCCUUUUCCUAAUUUUGCUGGGAGUAGUAUCUGGAAGAAGAUCCCAGUUGCUUCAGGGCUUACCUGCAACAAGCACUGUUGAAGAAAACUCUGCAGCUGGUGUUGCAGUCUAUAACUUUAGUGUGACUCUUUCUCCAUUGGCUUCUGAAGGUGUUGCAAUAAUAAAUUCAAAUCCACUCACAGAAGCUUUUGCCAUUGAAUCAAAAGGAGGUCUUGAAUUCAGGGUUAUUACCACUGGAAACCCCAUCCUCGAUUAUGAAACUAUGCCAAAGAGAUUUGAUUUGCAGAUUUUUGUUGAAGAUACAACUGGAAGAACUGACCUUAAGAUAUUGACUAUUCAUGUAACAGAUAAAAAUGAACAUCCUGUAUUUCGAGGAAAUAUGGCAAUUGAAACUGUGAUGAUCUAUGUGCGGGAAGGGACACCUCCAGAACGCAUUUACCAAGUUGUUGCAGCUGAUCCUGAAAAUGCAAAACUCAAAUAUUCACUGCUCCCUGCAACAGCACCAUUCUUAAUCAGGGAAAGUGGAGCCAUUUUUUCCACAAAAGAAUUUGAUUAUGAGAAAGAUCCACAUAGUUACUUCUUAAAUAUAACAGUGACAGAUCCAGAUGGACUCAACUCAACUAGAACAGUGAAUAUAAAUAUAGUUAACAUCAAUGAUGAAAGGCCUUAUUUUAUCACAAAACAAAGGAUAUACAGGAUUCCAGAGGAGCAAAGCCCAGGCACCAGUGUUGCCAAUAUAACAGCUAAAGAUCCUGAUGAUGGAGAUUCUCCCAGCAGACUUUUCUACAGCAUCCAGUCAUCUGACAGGCGUUUUGCCAUAAAUCCAGCGACUGGAGAGUUGCAGGUGGCUGGGAGGAUCGACCGGGAUGCGCUUCCAUUGCGGCUCCAUCCCAACAUCUCCAUGGUGGUGCGGGUGGAGGACAGCCCCAGCAGUGGCCGUGCCAGAGAAAUGGAGAUCACCAUUGUUAUUGAGGAUGUCAAUGACAACCCCCCAGAAUGCAAUCCUUCUGCCUUCAGGAAAGAAGCAAAUGAAAAUACAGCUCCUGGGACAUUUCUUGUUGAUCUUAGAAAUUACUGUAAAGAUAUUGAUGCUGAUCCAUCAAACAACCAAUUUAUUUUCACUGGAUUAUCUGGUUUUGGAAGCAAUAACUUUGCUCUGGAGUCCACUGGAAGACUUGUGAUGACUGGAACUAUUGCUCUAGAAAACACAGCUAAUCCAGGAGUUGAAGUUUAUACUUUGACUGCCAGGGUGCAAGAUAUUGCCCAUCCUAACUACUCAAAUAUCAUCUACAUUUACAUCAGGAUAAAGCCAGUGAAUGAAUUUUUUCCAGUCUUCCAGAAUUUAUCUUAUGUAUUUAGUGUUUCAGAAAUUACUAAAGUUGGAUCCAGCAUUGGAAGAGUGCAUGCCAUAGACAAGGACUGGCCACCCAAUGUCAUCACUUACUCCAUUGUAGCUGGAGCUGGCACCAGGGAUUACACAAAUAUCUUCUGGAUCAGCCCAAUGAAAGGAGAUGUGAGAAUUUUAGCUAGGUUAGACUAUGAAACAACUCAGAAACAUAUUUUUACAGUACAGGCCUCAAACCAAGAGAAGUCUACAACAGCAUCAGUAACUGUGAAUGUUUUGGAAGUAAAUGAUGAAGAACCAGUUUGUUCACCCAAUUUCUUCUCACUUCAAAUCCCAGUCAAUUUAGCUGUUGGGACCAAUAUUAAUGGCUUCAGGAUUGAAUGUCAAGAUCGUGAUUCUGAUCCCAGGUCUUUCCGUUACUUCAUUAAUGAAGGCAAUGAGAACAGUCAUUUCACCUUUUCACCAAGUGCUGGCUCCAACACAUCUCGUCUGAUUCUUACAUCAAGGUUUGACUAUGAGAGUGGACUUGAUACAAACUGGGUUUACAGUCUGCGUGUCCACAUAACAGAUGAUAAUUUAGUGUCUGCCAGGGACAAAACUACACACUUAACUAAAACUGGAACAGUGACCUUAAACAUCAGAGUUAUCCCAAACCCAACUACUGCCACAACCACUACGCCUGGAUUCACUGUUGUGACAAGAAGGGAGAACCUCUACUCUCCAUCAGCGUGGUACGUGCCCUUCGUGGUCACCCUCGGCGCUCUGCUGCUCCUCGGGCUGCUGGGCCACCUGGGGCUCCUGCUGCUGACACGGAUCCGUAGCUGCUGCCCCCCGGCAGGGAAAGCACGCAGCACCUCUCUGAUAAAUGCUCCAGAAAAGAAGAAGCCUAAGAAAGAAGUAGCUGUGACAAUGACAAAGCUAAACACUAUCUUUGAUGGAGAAGCCAGGGACCCAGUUACUGGCAGAGUGUAUGAGUUCAAUACACGGUCGGGGGCCAGGAGGUGGAAGAAGAGCAAUGAGCCCCUUCAGCCAAUGCUGGCUGUGCAGGUAAUGUCCAGUGCCACAGAACACAGUGGCCAAGGGGUGGAUGGAGCAGAGGCACCAAGCAGAGAAAACCCUUCAGAGAAGAGGAAAGAGCUGACUGCAGCAACAAAACCGGCUGCCAAGCCCUCAGCAGGGCAAUCAGAAACAUCAGGCCAAGCUGGGCUGAGAGUGCAAAAGAAGAAAGAGGAAUCUGAGGAUGGGGGCUUAUCCUCACCAGCCCCUUAA